AUGGACACAAGCCACAAGCUCCACUGUGAACUUGGGCACACCGUGAUGAUGCCACCGACAGAGUUUGCUCGCUAUGAGAAUGGUCACUAUUUGUACCGCAUCCAUCGGGCCCCACUCUCGGAGUACAAGAUCAACUUUAUCCACAAGCUGAAGCCCUUACCCAAGAAGUACAGGAUGAACAGCGUGCUGGAGAACUUCACCAUCCUGCAGGUGGUCACCAACCGAGACACAGGAGACCUUGCUGUGUAUAGCACUCAGCUUCAAAGUUUCAGCCAGCGAACACAGGGCUCAGCACCACAUCUACCGCCUGGGAAAAGAAUGAGAGAGUUGGAGAGCAAUGGUUGGGUGACAAAUCCAGAAAAUGGGGACCUGGGAGGGAACCUUCAGGGACAGACACCAAAAGUUCCAAGAGAACCAAGCACAAUUACCAGUUCUCUUCUUAUCAGGAGUAAACUGCCUGAUCUCACAGUGCUCAACCCCCAAUAA